GAGGUUAAUGUCUGUGGAACACGCUUUCGUACCUAAUAAAUUUUUAAGAAAAAGUCGCACGUAUUUUUUUGCUCAUUGCAGCAUAUUUAAGUCAUACCUGUACAAUGAAGAAUCUGUCGUUGACUCGACGUGCCAGUCGUCUUCUACAUUCUUUACAAGAUCAGAUUCCAAAUAAUACAAAUGUUUCCAACGUAUUACACACUAUGAGUUCAAUUAACGAUGACUUUUACAUAUUGUUAAACAGAAGGCUAUAUAAAAUCCCGUUAGACUAUGGGAAUGACAUAACAUUCUUUGACAUAGAUCAAAAUGUGGAGUUUAUUGGUUUAGAAUAUUGCAACCUGACGCAGAACAUUUAUGCUGCCUGUAAUCAUGGUAAUAUCAUAAGCAUAAGCACAGAACCUGAGUUUGAGUACGAAGUAAUGACUCAAUUAAACACAGAUUUACACUGUAUGAAACUUAGCCCAGACCAUGAAAUAAUAGUAUUAGUUACAACGAAUGGUACAAUAAUUACAUUGGUAUAUACUUUCGAAACAAUAUCAAUGGUAGAUCUAUACGAACCAGAUUUUGGUGAAAAACAGUUUGUAACCGUUGGAUGGGGUAAAAAAGAAACUCAGUUCCAUGGAUCAGAAGGAAAGAAAGCAGCAGUAGUUCAACCAAUGAAAAUAUCUCAGGAAGAAUUGAACAAUGAAUCUUAUAGAGUAACUUGGAGGGAAGAUGGUUCAUUAUUUGCUGUUGGUUUUUUACACCAUGAGAAUAAAAUGAGACGAUUCAAGGUAUUUAACAGAGAGGGAGUUUUACAAUACACAAGCGAACUUGUUGAUGGUUUGGAAGAAUCAUUAUCCUGGAAACCAUCUGGAAGUUUAAUUGCAACUACCCAGAAUUUGCUAAAUAAACUGGUUGUUGUGCUUUUUGAGAAGAAUGGUUUGAAGCACCGAGAAUUUUUACUUCCUUUUAAGCCAACAGAAUUUAGGGUAAAGGAUUUAUUUUGGUCACCAGAUUCAGAGGUGUUAACUAUUUGGUGUAUAAUGCAGGAAGAUUCUUCCUCUCUUCUGCAGCUUUGGACAGAAAACAAUUGCCAUUGGUAUUUAAAACAAACAGUCAGGUUUCCUAAGGAUAAUGCAUUACUACAUGCGACAUGGAGUACAGUGUCUCUUUCUAAAAAACUAAUUAUAUUAACAUCCAAAGAACUUAUCGAAUGCGACUACAAUUGGUGCGUUAAUCAUAGUAGAGGCAAAAGUUUAUACGACAAAUCAGUUAUUGGAGUAAUUGAUGGAAAUAAGUUGUUACUAACUGGCCUAAGGAUAGGAAUUGUGCCACCACCAAUGGCACAUAAGACUUUAGAAAUGUUUGAAUCUAUAAAUGCUAUUGUUUUUGCACCGGAUAUGGAACAUGAACACACUUGGAUAGACAGUAAUACGCUAUUUUGUGUUUCUGAUAGUAAUAAAUUAAUGUUCUACAAACAUGUACCAGAUUCAUUGUUACUGGCCUACAAACACAUUGGAUCGUACAAUCUUAAAUGGAAUGUUCCUACAGAAUUCGAAAAUUCUCUGUACAACAUGCACCAUUUUCUUUGGUUCGACGUAAAUAAAAUUUUAUGUUCUUUAUCAACGAGCAGACACAGCCUUCUUUGUGUUUUGUAUUUAAACAAAGUAGAUGAUCAGACUCAAGGUGAAGUAACAGUGAGGGAAAUAUACACUAUGGGUGGUUUAAUUCAACACAUUGUUCCUUCUCCUGAUUCGAGGGAAGCUUAUAUACUUGUAGAAAAUUCUGGUAUAGUAUAUACAAAGGAAUCAACAUUGGUGCCAAUAAAUGUAAAAUUACCUGAUUACACUUACCAAAUGGAAGUAAUAAAUACUGGAACAAAAGACAUUGUGGUAUCGUUAUCCCACAGAAAUUGCUUCUCUAUAAACGGAAGGCAGACUGCUAAUAAUGUUACUAGCUUCUUUGUCCAUUCAGAGUUUCUGCUUCUUACAACAUUGCAACACACAUUAAUAUGUGUGAAGAUAAACGACAAGGACUUUGAAGAGUUAAUUAGGCAUGACUUGACUAUUAAGCCUUGGGAAAAUUUGAAUAGUGAAAAAUCAUUCACAGAUUUAAAUGUGAGACGCGUGGAAAGAGGAUCUCAGCUGAUUGCAGCUAUACCUAGGAAUUCAAAGACUGUUCUACAAAUGCCUCGUGGAAACUUAGAGUGUGUACAGCCCCGAGCCCUAGACUUAUACAUUAUUGGAUAUUACUUAGAUAAUUGCAAUUAUCUAGCCGCGUUUGAUGUAAUGCGUAGGCAAAGGAUAAAUUUGAAUCUGAUCUACGAUCAUGAUCCCAAGAAAUUUGUCGAAAAUGCUGAAAACUUUGUAGAGCAAGUUUCUAAACCCAGCUGGUUAAGUCUGCUGCUGUCCGAGUUAGGGGACGAAGAUGUUACUACAACCAUAUAUGCAAAUUACUAUAAAAAAACAAAUCAAGCAAACUCAGGAAAAGUUACAGUACACAAAGUGGAAUUAGUUUCCGACUUACUGAGACGUAUUAUGGAAAGUAAAAGUACUGCCAAUCACUUGAUUCAACCAAUAUUGAUUAGCUUGGUUAAGGGUAAAAGAAAGCAAGGGCUGGAAAGUGCACUGAUUAAAGUAAAAGAAAUUAAAGAACUAGAAAGAUCUGCUACAAGCACGAAAUAUAUAACACCGGACGAGGCAUUGAAAUAUUUAUUGUACAUCGUUGAUGUAAAUGUACUGUUUGAUACAGCUUUGGGAAUGUACGACUUUGAUCUUACAAUGUUUAUUGCUUCAAAGUCACAGAAGGAUCCCAAGGAGUAUAUUCCAUUUUUAAAUGACAUGAAAAAGCUCAAUGAAAAUUAUAUGAGGUACUCUGUUGACUUACACUUGAAACGGUAUGAGUCUGCACUUGAACAUAUAGCCAAAGAAUCCAAUAGAUUCAAUGAGUGUAUAAAUCUAAUACGUAACCAUGACUUGUACACAAAAGCACUAAAGUUAUUUGAGAAAGAGAGUGAACAAUACAAGAAAAUAGCGAAAUUUUAUGGAGAGUUCCUACUAAAAAAGCAACGUUAUCAAGAAGCCGGAAUAAUGUUCCAUAGGAGUGGUGAUUUAAGGAAGGCCAUGAAUGCUUGCAAAUUAGCUGGUAGCUGGCAAGAUGUUAUAAUCCUUUCCAUGCAAAUGAAACUAAGUGUAACAGAGAAGCACGCGCUGUAUAAAGAUCUUGCAAACCGGUUGAAGAAUGAUAAACGGUAUGAGGAAGCUGCAGAUAUUUUAAUUAACUACUUAGAGGAUGUUGAAGAAGCGGUGAUUGCUUUGUGCAGUGGCAAACAAUGGAAAGAUGCUGUAAGAAUUGCACAUGACAAAGAGAGUUUAAAUUUAAUUGAGUCUCGUGUACGAUCAAGCGUGUACGAACACGCAGAUCAUGUAAUGUCUCAAAUAGAAAAAAAUAGACAAGAUUUUGAGCGACAUAAAUCCCGCCUUGCUAUAAUCAGGGUUAAUAUUUCGGAGAGCAAUGAAAUCAUUUGUGACAAUGAGUCGGUAUAUGACAGAGGUAUUUCAGAUAUUUUUAGUGAUACAAGCAGUGUUGCUAGUUCGACAUUGAGUCAAAAAUCGAAAUUUUCCAACUUGUCUGGAAAAAGUUACAGAUCCAGCAAGAAUCGCAGAAAGCAUGAAAGAAAGCUUCUGAGUUUGAAAGAGGGUAGCGCUUUCGAAGACUUAGCAUUAAUACAAGCUCUUUAUCAGAUUGUCACUAAUACGUAUAAAGAAAGAGACGAAUUACAUGCAUUAGUGCAAAUGCUUUUGUAUUUUGCCGAUGAUGACUACGCAGAAAAGGUACAGAAUAGCAUGGAACAGUUUUUACGUUUGAUAGAAAGAAAGAAAUUUGAGAUUUGGGAUAAAUCUGCACCUUCGAGCCUAACGGAGAUGGAAAGUGCAGAACUGUCUACUGACUUACUAGGGCUGUCUGCAUCGUAUAAAAUAAUUGGUAAGCGAUGAUUAUUUUUAAAUUGCGUCACAAAAUAUUCCAACUCAGUUUUAUUUCAUUGUUUUGCAGAACCUAGCGUUACAAGUCCACCAGUAGCCAACUCUACAUCUUGGAAACUGAACAUAUUUUAGUACUAUAUCGCAAUUAAUAUAUUUUUUUUAAAUAUACACAUGCGACUGAUAACUUAGCGAUCUUUCAAUCGCCGAGAAAUAUGUUUGCCAUUUCUAUUUAUUCAAUAGACCAUUUCAUAUAAACUUUUUCCUAAGCAAAUAACAUUAAAAGUAUAUGUAUAUCGUU